ACCAUGUCCGCGUCAACGCCGCGGGCAGGAAACGCGAUCUCGACGUGCAAACGCUCGUCCAUGUCCAUUGAGCGUAGAUUGAGGAGAUGGUCUUCCAAAGAUAGCUGUUCUUUGCCUAUAAGUAGAAGCUGUGAUCGAUCGCCAUGUCCAAUAAAGAGCUACAGAUCAAAGAAGGAGAAAAGAAGAGGAGAAAGGAAUGUCAGGGAUUAUCCAUAAGAUCGAGGAGAAGCUCCACAUUGGAGGAGACCACAAGGAGGAGGCACACAAGAAGGAGGACAAGCAUCCUCAUAAUGAGCACCGCAAGGAGGAGAAGCACCACAAGGAAGGGGAGGGAGGAAUGAUGAAUAAGAUCAAGGAGAAGAUCCAUGGCGGAGAGGAGCAUGGGGAGAAGAAGGAGAAGAAGAAGAAGAAGGAGAGGAAGCAUGGUGCAGAGCAUGAUGGCCACAGCAGCAGCAGCAGCAGCGACAGCGACUGAGUCAAAUCUUGACGUGGUCUUACAUGGAGAAAUGUA